GACUACUAUCUCGUAUCCAACCCAUUCUCACUUAACUUUCUCAUCAUCAUCAUGGCCACUGUCAAACUCGCCUCCGGGCAUCAAAUGCCCCUCGUAGGCUUCGGGCUUUGGAAAGUUCCUCAGGAAUCUGCCGCCGAUACCGUAUACAACGCCAUCAAAUCCGGGUACAGACUAUUCGACGGCGCAUACGACUACCAAAACGAAAAAGAAGCCGGCGAGGGCAUCAAACGUGCCAUCAACGAGGGCCUCGUAAAGCGAGAAGACAUCUUCAUCACCACAAAGUUAUGGAACAACUACCACAGCAAGGAACACGCCUUACCUAUGAUGAAGAAGCAGAAUGAAGCAUGGGGAUUGGGGUAUAUCGAUCUAUUCCUCAUCCACUUCCCUUGCGCGUUGACGUAUAUUGAUCCCGAGGAAAAGAGAUACCCCGGGUGGUGGAUGCAAGACAACAAAACCGUCUCCCCAGCCCGUGUCCCCAUCCGCGAGACCUGGGAACAACUAGAGUCGCUCGUGGACGCGGGCAUCGCGAAAUCCAUCGGCGUGUCAAACUUCCAAGCCCAAUCGCUCUACGAAAUCCACACGUACAACAAACACCCCAUCUCGUCGCUGCAAAUCGAGCACCACCCUUACCUCGUGCAGCCCGAGCUCAUCCAGAUGGCGCAGACACACGGGAUCGUGGUGACGGCGUAUAGCUCGUUUGGGCCGCAGAGUUUUCUGGAACUACCCCCGGCGUUCAAGGAGAGGGCGAGUAAUGUGGCGUUGCUGUUUGAUGCGGAGCCUGUGAAGAGGGCUGCGGCGACGCAUGGGAAGACGCCUGCACAGGUUUUGUUGAGGUGGGCGACGCAGAGGGGUAUCGCGGUUAUUCCCAAGUCGAAUAACAAGGACAGGCUUGCGCAGAACCUGGAUGUUACUAGUUUUGAGCUGAGCGACGAGGAGGUGAGCGCGAUUUCUGCGCUGGAUAAGGGGUUGAGGUUCAACGAUCCGGGAUUCUACCUACCCAACCACCCAUUACACAUUUUCGCGUGA